UUUUUUUGUUGUCCUUUCCCAAUCGCGCUCCCGGGCCGCCGGCGAGAGGGUUUUGAGGAGCGGCUAUUGAAUGGAAGAGUUGGACGACUGGGGGCUCAGUGCAGAAGAGCUCAACUUCCUGGAGGAGGAUGCUAUCAGGAAAAUCUCUGAGAGGAAAGCUUCCUCCGCUGCCUCAUCUUCUUCCCCCCUUGCACGCCAAGCCGACGCCUCCAAGAACCCACUUUUCAAGCCGGUCGACAAACCGCCUUCUAAGACCUCCUUAGAAUCCCGCUACGGCAAGGUUGAAGCCUUUCCUCCUCAAGAUAUUUCUUCAGCUGACAUAUCCACAGGGACAGGGGAAAGCACCAGAUCUGCCCUACCCACACUUUCUGUCAGAUUUUGUGUUCAUGAAAGUGGUGCCAUUGCUGCAAAGUUCUCAUAUCAUGCGUUACUUGUAGAUGCUUUUCACAAGAUCCCAAAGACGAGCUGGCAUGCAAAAGAAAGGCUAUGGAUGUUUCCUCUAUCAUCCUUGGCAGUGGCUGAGGAGGUUCUUAGUGCAGUGAAUGGUGCAAAUGUUGAGGUAGAGAAGCUAGACGUAUUGGUGCAUCGUGCCCUGGGAGCUGCCUCUGCUGUUAAUGAUCUUCGAGAUCUCUAUGACAGGAUGCCAAGCUAUCUUGAGACGAAACUUCUACCUUUCCAAAGAGAAGGAGUUAGAUUCAUUUUGCAGCAUGGUGGGCGUGUUCUUCUAGCUGAUGAGAUGGGUCUUGGAAAGACAUUACAGGCAAUUGCUGUUGCUGCAUGCAUGCCUGAGGCAUGGCCUGUUCUUGUUAUUACUCCAUCUUCCUUACGUAUACAAUGGGCUUUUAUGAUUCAGCAGUGGCUUAAUAUACCGUUUGCAGAUAUUCUGGUAGUGCUAUCUCAAUCUGGAGGUUCUAACAAGGCUGGAUUUAAGAUAGUAUUUUCGCAUUUAAAAUCAAGUAUCCAUCUAGAUGGUGUAUUCAACAUAGUCUCUUAUGAUGUAGUUCCCAAGAUACAAGAUAUUUUAUUGGCUUCUGAGUUUAAGAUUGUUGUUGCAGAUGAAUCACAUUUUAUGAAGAAUGCUCAAGCUAAGCGAACAAAUGCUUGUAUCCCAAUUCUAAAGAAAGCUCAAUAUGCAAUUCUUCUGAGUGGAACUCCUGCUUUAUCCAGACCUAUUGAGUUGUUCAAACAGCUUGAGGCUUUACAUCCUAAUGUUUACAAAAAUGUGCACGAGUAUGGGAACCGCUAUUGCAAGGGAGGCUUCUUUGGUGUCUAUCAAGGUGCAAGUAACCAUGAAGAAUUGCAUAGUUUGCUAAAAGCAACUGUCAUGAUUCGCCGGUUAAAAAGAGAUGUACUCUCACAGCUUCCAGUGAAGCGUAGGCAACAAGUCUUUCUGGAUUUGAAUGAGAGUGAUAUGAAACAAAUACGAAUACUCUUUCGCGAGUUGGAGGUAGUGAAAAUGAACAUCCAGGCUUGUAAUUCCCCUGAGAAGAUUGAGUCACUCAAGUUUAUGCAAAAGAACCUUAUCAACAAGAUCUUCAAUGAUUCAGCAGAAGCUAAAGUUCCUGCUGUUCUUGACUACCUGGGAACAGUUAUUGAGGCAGGUUGCAAGUUCUUGAUAUUUGCCCACCAUCAGCACAUGAUUGAUGCAAUACACCAAUUUCUUCUUAAAAAAAAAGUUGGUUGUAUAAGGAUUGAUGGUGGUACACCUCCUACAUCAAGACAAGCUUUUGUUGCUGACUUUCAAGAGAAGGAUAGCAUCAAGGCUGCAGUUCUUUCAAUCAGAGCUGGAGGCGUUGGCUUGACUCUCACAGCUGCAAGCACAGUAAUUUUUGCAGAGUUGUCAUGGACUCCUGGUGAUAUCAUUCAAGCAGAAGAUCGUGCUCACAGGAUUGGUCAGGUAUCAUCAGUCAACAUCUACUAUCUUCUAGCAAAUGACACUGUGGAUGACAUAAUAUGGGAUGUCGUUCAAAAUAAAUUGGAGAAUGUUGGCCAGGUGCUUGAUGGCCAAGAGAAUACAUUAGUAGUGUCUUCGAAUCCCUCAAGCAGAAGUCCUCAUAAGCAACUAACUUUGGACGCGAAUCCCUCGAGCAGAAGUCCUCAUAAGCAACUAACUUUGGACGCCUUUAUGAAACGCUGCCAAAGUACCGAUGACACCCACCACAAAACUAAAAGUCCUAAAAUCUGACCCAAAUUUCCUCACUCUUUCUGUGUUUUUCAAAUGCAAGCCUAAUGUGUUUGAUUUAUAUGGCAUUUAUGGUUUUGUGAGAGACUAUUGUAAUCUAUUGUAGUGGAUGAAUAACAUGUAUCUUUCUUCUCUCAUGUAGAAAAAGAAAAUGGUGAAGCAUGGAUAAGUAUAACAGCCCCUUCAACGUAUAAACUGCCAUUAGAAAAGAGCAAGAGAAAGUGUUUGUGUCCAUCUGCUCAACAUUGACUGCCAAUGACUGCUGUUGAUGGCAUAAUUGAAUUUAGCAGUGUAAAGAAAUGUGAUUUGUUGCCUCUUUAAAUGUCUGGAAGGUGAAGGUUUGAAGUUACUUUGA